AUGAUGAAUCAAGGAGUUAAUACGCAAACCAUAGCUUCAGUGGACCCUAAUUCACUUGAGGGUCGAUAUGUUGUUGAUGCAAGCCAAGGGCAGACAUCUUCUUAUAUUCCCUCAGCAAAUGGGUCUGAAACUGCAUCAUGGACCAUGCAUAGAGUGGAUAAUCGCUCUACAGAGAAUGGAAUUCUUUCAAAUUCCAGUUAUCACCAUGAUCAGCAAACACAGCAGCUUGCAAGAAAUGCACAAGAUGGCUUGAAUACGGCAUCCCUUGCUAGUUCAUCGACUCAAGGAACAACGAGUGUAGUGCAAGACUAUAGUAGUUAUGCAGCAUACAAUCCUACAGAUCCAUAUGGUUAUGGAAGCACUGGAUAUUCAGGUUACUAUAAUAAUGGUUAUCAGCAGCAACCCAACCAUUCAUACUCUCAGCAGCAACCAAACCAUUCAUACUCUCAGCAGCAACCUAGCCAUUCAUACUCUCAGCAACAACCUAGCCAUUCAUACUCUUCGACUCUAGGAGCAUAUCAAAACACAGGUGCUCCUUAUCAGCCUCUUUCAUCAUUUCAGAAUACAGGGUCUCAUACUGGGACAACAAGUUAUUCAACCACUUACUACAAUCCUGGUGAUUAUCAGACAGCUGGAGGUUACCCAAGCAGCGGAUACAGUAAUCAGACUACCUUGUGGAACGAUCCCAAUUAUGCAAAUUAUACAUCUCAUCAAUAUUCAACCUAUGCUCCAGACACAACAAGUGCUUAUAGUUCUGGUACUGCAGCGUCAACGUCAAUGAACUACGAGCAGCACUACAAGCAAUGGGCUGAUUAUUACAGUCAAACAGAAGUUAGUUGUGCUCCAGGGACAGAACACUUGUCUGCUAGCACAUCUAACCAGGGAAGUGCGGUGUCUGGUGUGUAUCCUACUUCCAACACCCAGCCUCCCUCAUCUUUGACCACAACGUCUUGGAGGCCAGAAUCUGCAUCAUCUGAGUUGCCUUCUUUGCAGACUGGUGCAACUAUCAGUAGUGCUCAUGAUGGCUGGAAACAAGGGACUCCAAGUUUUCAAAAUCACCAUGCUAGUCCUAUGCAACCACACUUUCAAAAUUCUCUCGGUUCAAAAGCUUCAUAUGAUAAUUUUCAGGAACAACAACAGACUGCUCCUCAAGGUCCUAAUUCACAAUUUCCUGCUGCUCAUCAGGUGGUCCAGAGUUAUCAAUCACCUCUGCAAAAUGUUCCAUCUUUAGAUACUCGAAGGGUAAGCAAAAUGCAGAUUCCAACAAAUCCUAGAAUUGCUUCAAAUUUGGCUAUGGGUUUAUCAAAAACCGAUAAGGAUGGCUCUACGACCAGCGCAGCAGCAAAACCUGCUUAUAUUAGCGUGUCGUUGCCGAAGCCAAACGACAAAUUGUUGUCUAGUGAUGCGACUAAUUCCAUGCUUAAGUGUAGAGGGUGUUAUGUUGUUUCUGAGCUAAAGACAAUAGGUUAUGCUGAAAAAGGUGCGGUGUAUUCAUAUGUGAUGUUUAAAAAGAAUCCUUUAAUAUCUAUGCAAGCAGCAUUGCCUGGAAUGUUCCCUAACUCACUGCGUCGUUAUGUUGAAAGGGCUUUCAAUCUAUGUAAAGAUGAUACACAACGGGUAGCUUGUCAGGCUAUCAUGAAGGAGAUCAUUACGAAGGCAACUGCUGAUGGUACACUUAACACUCGGGACUGGGAUGCUGAGCCUCUUUUUGCAAUACCAAAUGCUGAGGCUGUCAAUAUGGAGAGUUCACAAUGUUCCACUCCUGUUUCUUCAUUACCAAAGUAUAAAAGGAGUCCAAGUAGACGAUCUAAAAGUAGAUGGGAGCCUUUAACAGAAGAGAAAUCGGUUGACAAGCCUGUUUCCAUUAGUAAUGAUAUCAUAAAAUAUGGUGGUUGGGACAGAAAGCCUCCAAAUGCGAAUUCUGAGAGCAAGGAAAAUGCUUUGAACAAUAUGAAGUUUUCUUUAUCGGAGCAGAAACCUCCUAGUAAAAAUACUAAAAGACCAGUUAAGAGGCAACGUCUUGCUGAUGGUUUGAAUGCUGCUAAUAAUGAUGCAUCAAGUGAUAGUGAUAAGGAGCAAAGUUUAACUGCUUAUUAUUCUAGACAUCGAGCUGAAAUUAAUUACUUCAAACCAAAAAAUGCUGGUUCUGGAAACUUGUACAGUAGGCGGACUAGUGCAUUGAUGCUUAGCAAAAGCUUUGAUGACAGCGGAAGCAAAGCUGUUGAAGACAUUGAUUGGGAUGCACUAACUGUCAAGGGUACCUGCCAGGAAAUUGAGAAACGUUAUUUGCGCCUUACUUCUGCACCCGAUCCUUCCACUGUGAGGCCGGAAGAAGUGCUAGAAAAAGCUCUGCUUAUGGUUCAGAAUUCUCAAAAGAACUACCUUUAUAAAUGCGAUCAAUUGAAGUCUAUUCGUCAAGAUCUAACUGUACAACGAAUACAGAAUCAGCUAACAGUUAAGGUGUAUGAAACUCAUGCUCGAUUAGCACUGGAAGCAGGGGACUUGCCUGAGUAUAAUCAGGUUGGUGGGGCUAUUAACAUGGCUUGUCAAUCACAGUUGAAAACCCUCUAUGCUGAAGGAAUUGAAGGAUGUCAUAUGGAGUUUGCAGCUUAUAACUUACUGUGCGUUAUAUUGCACUCAAAUAACCACAGAGAUCUUGUAUCAUCUAUGUCAAGUGCAGGCAAGGUUGAAUUUUCACCUGCUGACUCUAGGAUAAUCAGUGUAGAUCUAUUAACCGAGGGAGCAAAGAAGGAAAAAGCUGUUAAACAUGCUCUUGCAGUUCGUGCAGCUGUCACUUCGGGAAACUAUGUUAUGUUCUUCAGACUUUACAAGGAUGCUCCUAACUUGAACACCUGCCUUAUGGGUGGGCAUCAGAAACUCCUCUUUUUGAAAUUUCUCCUUGCUAAUUCGUUAUUGACAUGA